AUUGGCACGCUACGCUCACUGACAGCGAGCAGCCGAGUUCCUGUUCUCAAUUCAGAUGAAAACUGUGAUCACUGAUCAGUCACGUCAGUCUGCGUGAGGAUGAGGGUGAAUAUCUACCUGCUCAUCUUAGUGCUUGGCUAUAAGGCCGCUGCAGGAAUAAUCCAUGAAAUAGUUGAAGAAAAGACACCGGUGACUCUGCCAUGUCCUCACUCUGUGGAGGGAGACGUGACGUGGAGCAGAGAGAGGAAUGGAGACAAAACUGACAUACUGACAGUUAAUGGAGGCAGUGAAAUAAAACACAUAUCGGGCAGACGAUACAGUUCAUUAGCUGAUAAGACACUGUUCAUUCUAAAUCCUGUAAUCUCAGACUCUGGAAGAUACUUCUGUAACAAUGAAGCAGCUGCAGAUCUGACGGUGAUCCCAUCAGGAACAAUUCUAGUCCCUGCUUCAGAGAGGACCAGCAUCACUCUGACAUGUCCUCAUGAUGUCGGAGCAUCACAUGUUCCAACAUGGAGCAGAGACUCUGGUGGAAUACCACUAAGAAGGUUUGAUGUUUCCCCUGUUGACCAGACGUUGACUAUAACAGACGUGCAGCCUGGUGACUCCGGACUUUACUACUGUGAUGGAAAACCAGCUGUUUAUCUGAACGUGAUCAAAGUCCCUCAACAAUUUUCUAGUUGGGUGUAUGGAGUAGUCGGCUCCUUCCUCCUCCUCCUCCUCUUUCUCAUCAUCGUCUACUUCACUCGGAGACGUUUUAAAAGACGAGGAAGUGAAGAAAGAGGCCCCGUCUAUGAAGAGAUACAGGAGGGAUUUUUGCUUCAGCCGACUAAUGGAAGUGAAGAAAGAGGCCCCGUCUAUGACCAGAUACAGGGUGGAUUUGUGCUUCAGCCGACUAAUGGUGGAGGAACAUUGACCGCACAAGCAGCUGCACACUGCAUGGCAGAUGUUUCAGAUGGAUCAAACCGACAUGGUCCCACGUAUGACACCAUCCCUGAUCUUCCACCAGUGAAGAAGAAGACCGUGACAUCUCUUCCUAAUGAGUCCCCAUAUUCCUUGAUUGGAAAUCAUACAAAUAAAAGGUUUGUCACAGCAAAUUGACAUGUAUCGUUUACUGGAGAAACCCAAAGCGACGGCAAACAACCAGAACCAAUAAUUCUGCUCCGUCAUUGCAGCCGAGGAAUGACUAACGGUUCUGUAGCGACACUUUCUACCUAUUAAUUUAACAACAUGUAUAUAUCAGCUUAUGGGCCCUAUCUUGCACCCAGCGCCUAUGUCGUUUAAAUAGCAAAUGCACC